GAUCCAUCUUUUUUUCUUCAUUUGAAAUUGAAUGUUCUAUGAAAACCCUUGUUACCUUUUUUCCUUCUCCACUCUUUCUCAUCUCUGUCUCCGCUUUCUCUUUGGAAGCAGCCCACUGAAGGCUUUGCACGAAAAUUUCGUUCAUCAUCUCACCACCUCCGAGACUCUCCGUCCUAGUCCACACUCACAUCCACGCGUAGGUCGUCGCCCCUCAAAUCUCUCAUUCUCAGGAAAUGGUUAUACCACCACCAGCUAGGCCACCAAGUUUGACAAAGUAUCUCAAGCCUUAUGUCUUGAAGAUGCACUUCACAAACAAAUUCGUGACUGCCCAAGUUAUUCAUACACCAACAGCUACUGUAGCCUCUUCUGCUAGUUCUCAGGAAAAGGCAUUGAGAGGAGCAAUGGAUUCUACUCGUGAUGUGGCUGCUGCUGCAAAGAUUGGCAAAUUAUUGGCUGAGAGGCUGUUGCUCAAGAAUAUUCCUGCAGUUGCUGUCCAGUUGAAAAGAGAACAAAAAUAUCAUGGCAAGGUUAAAGCUGUGGUUGAUUCAGUGAAGGAUGCAGGAGUAAAGCUGCUCUAAACAUGGUAAGGCCAAGAAAAUGAAAUCACUUUUCUUUUUUUAUGGUUUAUGUGGGAAAAUCAUUUUGGUCAAAUGUUGUGGGGAAUGUAGUUGUGUUUGAUGAAAAUAGUUGUUGUAAUUGAUCUACUGUGCUUGAUGAGAAAUUGUACUCUACAACUCCUUUAAAUUGGAAUGAAAAUAAGCAAACGAACAAGGUGAAAUCAUUUUCUUUAUUGGCAAAUGAAAAUCAAUUUGAUGUAA